UGCUCAUUUCCACACUUGUUCUCAGGGAACGCUCCUUUCUCCAUUUCAUCCUCAUUUUCUCCUGUUGUUCUGUUUGGGGCUUUUUAUUUUUUUUAUGUUCCUGCACUCUUAGCAUCUAAGGAUUUUUCAUCUAGUGUUCUGUCUCUUCUGCUUCUGUUUCUGCUCUUGUGUUUGAACGUUUGUAAGACCACAGUCAUCAUGAACGGGACAGAGGGUCCAAACUUCUACGUGCCGAUGUCCAACAGGUCGGGCUUGGUCCGCAGCCCGUUCGAGGAGCCGCAGUAUUACCUGGCUGAGCCGUGGAAGUACUCUCUGCUGGCCGCCUACAUGCUUUUCCUCAUGGUCACCUCAUUUCCUAUCAACUUCCUCACCUUGUACGUAACUGUGCAGCACAAGAAGCUCCGCACACCCCUCAACUACAUCCUGCUGAACCUGGCUGUGGCGGACUUGUUCAUGGUGAUCGGGGGCUUCACAGUUACGCUCUACACCGCUCUGCACGGCUAUUUCGUCCUGGGUGUGACGGGCUGCAAUAUCGAGGGCUUUUUUGCCACCAUGGGAGGAGAGAUCGCUCUGUGGUCUCUGGUGGUCUUGGCUAUCGAGCGCUAUGUUGUGGUCUGCAAGCCCAUGACAACGUUCAGAUUUGGAGAGAAGCACGCCAUCGUAGGGGUCGGUUUUACCUGGGUUAUGGCCCUCACCUGUGCUGUCCCACCACUCCUUGGGUGGUCUAGGUAUAUUCCAGAGGGGAUGCAGUGCUCUUGUGGAAUUGAUUAUUAUACCCCAAAGCCUGAAAUCAACAACACCUCAUUCGUCAUCUACAUGUUCAUCCUCCACUUCAGCAUUCCCCUCUUCAUCAUCUUCUUCUGUUACAGUCGCCUCCUCUGCACUGUCCGGGCGGCUGCAGCUCAGCAGCAGGAGUCUGAGAGCACUCAGAGGGCGGAGAAGGAGGUGACCCGUAUGGUGGUGGUGAUGGUGAUUGCAUUCUUGGUGUGCUGGGUUCCGUAUGCCACUGUAGCCUGGUACAUAUUUGCCAAUCAAGGUACUGAGUUUGGUCCAGUGUUCAUGACAGUUCCCGCCUUCUUCGCUAAGAGUGCUGCCCUCUACAACCCGGUCAUCUACAUCCUCCUCAACAGACAGUUCAGGAACUGCAUGCUGACCACUGUGUGCUGUGGCAAGAAUCCGUUCGGUGAGGAGGAGACCAGCUCCACCGUCUCCUCCAAGACUCAGUCUUCAGUGGUCUCCUCCAGCCAGGUGGCUCCUGCCUGAGCAUCUCCUAAUGCAUGACCUCCAUCAGAGCAAAGCACCUUCUUCCACCCACACCCAGCACACCUGGGUACACCUGUACAGUACAAACUAUUCAGUCUCGACUGGCCAAUCACCUUUUUAUUCUUGUUUGUUAGCAUGUGUUGUUAGUCUCCUUUUGGCUGGCUGCUUGUAUACCGUUGAGUUACUGUGAAUCUUUAUAAUGUGUGACUGUCAUAUACUCAUAUCUACAAACAUGGCAUGAUUUCUUUCUCAAGUCAUUUGUAAAGGAGCUCAAGGGAACAUGUUGAGUUGGCUAUUAUGCAGAAUCACCAACAAGAGGUCGUCCAACUAAGCAUGUUCCAUCUUCACUGCGUCAGUAAACCUCUCAAGAAUUCAAGCUGCAACCAGUCAGUAGCCUCUUCACAUCGUCUCCUCCUCCUCCUCCUCCUCCUUCUCCUCCUCCUGCAGUGCAUUGAGUGGAUUGGUAGUGAAAUCGUUCAGGUUCAGGCUUUUGUAGAGUGAAGAUUGAGGCCGUGCUCCUCAGCCUAGUGUCCCAUAUACCCAUCCCAGCUCCCGGUUGUGAUAAGAGCGAUAGUGUUAAAGACAGAUAAUGGUGGGAAGCUGCUAGCAGGAAGGCCGGCAGAUGUGAGAACAUGCAGAUGGAAAUGGAAUCAUGAGAAACAUCUGGAGUCACAUGUUCAUGUUCACGAGUGUCAUGUUCAGUCGUCAGGAAGGCCCUGAGGGAAGUGUUUAGUUUUUUAUGCGUGUGAAACAGGAUAGGAUCAUCGUCAGUGGAGGUAUUGAAGCGGAAGAUGGAAGAUGUCCUCUGUAAGUGUAAAUGUACAUUGUCUUGCAAAGUAAAUAAAAUGAAGAAAAAGCUAACAA